ACCAGAGAGAGCCGGACUAGAGAGGUUCAGCUGGUAUUAGCUCAGUUUUACAAAUACAGCUUAGCCACUCAAACACUACCUGUUUGUACAUCCGGCAUGUCAGGGGUGAGGCUGGUCCUCCGUCUCUUAACACCAGGCCUUCAGGGAAGGGGGUAAGUGGGAUCCAGUCCUGUGACUGAUGAAUUUUCUGGAAGAGUGAAGCACGUUCCGGGUUGAUUAGAGGCUCAGUAAACGCUGGUACUUGUGCUGCCUGGUUUUUAGUGUCCAAAGCAGAAGCAGCGAGGUCACUUACGUACCGAGCCCCAAAGCACCAUGGAGGACAGCUCUCCGCCUUCCUUUGGGCUUGAUGUGCUUCAUAAUCUUAAAGUGACUCUUGUUAAUGACACAGCCCCCAGGGCUAAGCGGCCUUUAGGCUUCCUGGAGGAGGAUCAGCCCCUGCAGUCCCCUGCUAAGAAACUAUGCCACCUGAGUCAUUACUGUAGCACUCCGUGCCCAUCAAAAAAGCUACCACGGUGCUCCUCAGAUUCUCCCUGCUUUCUAGACUCCUCUGCCUGUCUGGAUGAUACCCAGUUGGAGAACAUUGUCAUCCGAGUGAGUCUUCCAGAAGACAGCGCUGUGGCCCUUUCUGUGGAUAGAACCAGAUGUUUCGAUGAUAGUGAGCCAGAUGACACUCUGCUGGAGCCCUCGGAUGACGAACAAGGGAACUCUCCCUUCAAUUACACAGAGGAAGAGUGUAAGGAAUUGUUAGCAGAUGAUAGCUUAGAGGACCAGCACUCUACUGGAGAGAGUGCCUUGGUGACUCAAGAUGUAUGGAGCCCAAGUGAGAAGGAAAUGAGCAGCAACUAUACACAGGAAUCAGUCCCCUCUGAAGACACCAAGGCGUCAUUCAGAACCAUAGAUGAGUUUGUAAGUAACGAGUUUCUGUCUCAAACUGGCUCUUUUGUUAAUCCUGAAUAUCAUCCAAUUCUUGAGACUCAAACGGCCCCUUCUGUGGGGGAAGGAGGCCUGGCCGGGGACUGCUUGAAAGCCGGUGAAGCCAUUGGCACCCGGUUGGACUGUGACCUUCAGGGGCUUCUCAAUCUUUCCCCGACUGAUGCAGACUCAGUAGAUCAGCUGGAAGGAGAUGAUGGCUUGGAGGAAACCGGCGGAAAAGCUUCACGAGUAAUAAGACACGACCCACUACAUAGGGCAAGCAAACUUAGUGCAGGCUAUGAUGAAAUCAGCUCAAAUAGCUUGGAUGUUGAAGAGGACCCUGAGUGCCUGGCUUCUAAGGAGCCGCACAGUGCAGGCAUGGAGAGUGUGGAAAAGCUGCUAUCAGAAAUCAAAGAGCCAUCUCCUUUUGAUGCGCACUUUAAAAUUGCCUCGUAUUCUCCUGCCCCUGCCUGUGGCCACAGUAAGGAUGAAAUGGAGAAUCCAGUACCUCUAUUGCAACUGCCUCUGAAAACCUCUGAUGUCUUAAAUUGGGACCCUUCCAGAGGAGCUGGCAAUGGAUCAUCAGGGACCUUUGGCUCCCCAAAAGAUUUGAACCAGGAGUCCACCUCUGUUGAAGAAUCGUCAGACACUGUUAAAAAAAACGCGGUCGUCUUAGACCAGAACCGUGGAGAAGAGCCCGCCUGCGGGAAGAAGCUAGGCAAAGUCAUUCCCGUGCCGCAGGUGGAAGAAAGACCAAAACGCCGGUUAUGCAUUUCCGAAGUAGAACUCGAACAAAAGAAGCAUAUUUAUAUCCAAUGUGUGCGUGCUCAUAUACAGAAUUCCAUGGAUCCUGCACCAGAUGCAUUACAUGAGUUGUACGCUCUGAUGAAUAAGGUUGCCAGCAGAGAGUACCAAACCCAGGAUCACAGAUGGCAGCAUCCAUCCGACCUCACCAUGAGAAAAUACCCAAGGUUCUCCAAGAAACCCAGCCAAAAGUUCAGCCUUACGCAAUGGGUGAGCAAGAACUUGGCCCACUACCGUCGCUUCCAGGACAUUCCUGACCACUUCCGGCGUAGCUCUGUCACCACGCCCCCCAGUGUCUGAGCUACAUGGUACCGAGGGACUGUGCUGGUUUUUUUUUCUCCGUUUAGUUUUUAGUGAUCCUGUAGCAUUAGCAGUUUGUCUCGUGGUUGUUUGCUCUGUGGAUUGUUCUGUUUUAAUAAGGCCAGUUCAGGGAUUUUAUGUGUGUUGUGUUUUUGAGACCUUCAGAACCUCCUUUUAAAUACAGGUUAAAUAUGGUGAACUGUUCUGUACAGGUAACAUUGUAGCAUUUCUUCUCGGUGUUUUCCAUUGAAACAAAAGUAAACUUUCCAGGGAGCAGCUGACAAGCAAAGGUUCCCCACUGUUCAAAAGGAAGACUUUUUGUUGGCUGUGACUUAAUGGAUAUAACACUUCAGCUACCGGAGCUCAACGAUGCAAUUUAGAAUCAAAAUCUUUUCUUCAAAGCCUGGGCCCAGAAUAAAGCUUUGUGGUUUUUUUAGAUCGACUACUAGCUUCCCUUUGGACACCGCUGGCGAUGGAAUCACCUGCUUGGUCCAUGUCCCUUUGUGAAGGUUAAUAAUGUCAGUAUUCUCGGGUGACACAUCAAGUUGGCAUAAAUUAAGAGGCAAUUGGAGAACAGCCUGUUUUCCCUCUUCCUCAGAUUUACUCGCCUCCCUUAUUUGUCAUCUUCAUUUGUCCCUUUUAUUUGCAAACUGUUCCAUGUACAUUUGCACUUGGGAGUGUUUAUAAAUAUUUUGCACUUUC